AUAUUUUCACAACGAGUCAGAUCAAGUCUGGAGUAAUCAGAGCCUUACAAUCAAUAUCAUUCUAUCCCCACAACCCAAACGGAUCUAAACUACAUACAAGAAUUGAUUUGUAGAUUCGUUUAUCAUGGCUGAUGUACUGGAGGAGGGUCAAGAGUCUGGCAGUUCGCUGGCAGAAUCGACCCUGCCGAAAACAGAGGAGCAACUGAUGGCCGAAGCCUUCGGCCAGGUCAAGGUGCUGGUGGAGGCUGGACAGAAAGAGGGAUAUCUGCAGCUGCAGCCCGCGGAGGUGCACAAGUUCGUGGUGGCCAGCUACUACGAUGAUCUAGUCGAGGAGUUCGCUGAAGCCGACCAGCAGGAGGUCGGCAGGUGGGCCACAGCCACACCCUUGGGCCCGGUGAUCAAUCGGAUCGAGCCGCAGGACGAGCAGCAGUUGGGGAAAAUCCAAAUGGAUCCGAUCACGGGCGAGCGCUACAUGCUGGUGCCCAUUGAAAUCAAUCUUCUUAUCGACAGCGACAAAAUAUGCGACAUGUUUGAUGUGGAAUUGGAUGCCAUGCUGCAUCAGGACGUCCAGAAGAUUGUCAAGGAGGAGAUGCCCGAGAGGGAGACAAUUGUGCUCGAGGUGCUUCAGAGUGGGGAUCAGCAGGAGGUUGUGGAUCUGUCAGUAACCUGCAAAGCCUCUUUACAGACAAAAGGGGAGAAUGUAGCGGAUCAGGAGGAUCCCCCAAAGGAGGAACCUCGAGGAGAAACACAGGAGCGGCAGCCUCAAGAAAACAUCCAGAAGGAGGAUCCACAAGCGAAGAUCCAAAAGGAAGACCUUCAAGAGGAGAGCCUGAAGGAGGAGUACCCUCAGGGGAAGGUUCAGAAGCAGGAGCACCAAGAGAACAGCCAAAAGAAGCAGCCACAGGGCGCGGGACAGAAGAAGGGCCAGAAGAAUAAGCGUCGAAAGAAGAGCCAGAAGGAGGAGCCCCAAGAAGAGGGCCAGAAGGAGGAGCCCCAAGAAGAGGGCCAGAAGGAGAAGCCUCAAGAGGAGAACCAGAAGGAGGAUCCUCAGGAGGAAAUCCAGAAGCAUAAACCUCAAAACAAGAACCAGAAGGCGAAGCCUCAAGCGAAGACCCAGAACGUGGAGCCCCAAGAAGAGGGCCAGAAGGAGAAGCCUCGAGGGGAGAACCAGAAGGAGGAUCGUCAGGAGGAAAGCCAGAAGCAUAAACCUCAAAAUAAGAACCAGAAGGCGAAGCCUCAAGCGAAGACCCAGAAGGAGACCCAAGAAGAGGGCCAGAAGGAGAAGCCUCAAGAGAAGAACCAGAAGGAGGAUCCUCAGGAGGAAAGCCAGAAGCAUAAACCUCAAAACAAGAACCAGAAGGCGAAGCCUCAAGCGAAGACCCAGAAGGAGGAGCCCCAAGAAGAGGGCCAGAAGGAGAAGCCUCAAGAGAAGAACCAGAAGGAGGAUCCUCAGGAGGAAAGCCAGAAGCAUAAACCUCAAAACAAGAACCAGAAGGCGAAGCCUCAAGCGAAGACCCAGAAGGUGGAGCCCCAAGAAGAGGGCCAGAAGGAGAAGCGUCGAGGGGAGAACCAGAAGGAGGAUCCUCAGGAGGAAAGCCAGAAGCAUAAACCUCAAAACAAGAACCAGAAGGCGAAGCCUCAAGCGAAGACCCAGAAGGAGCCCCAAGAAGAGGGCCAGAAGGAGAAGGCUCAAGAGGAGAACCAGAAGGAGGAUCCUCAGGAGGAAAGCCAGAAGCAUAAACCUCAAAACAAGAACCAGAAGGCGAAGCCUCAAGCGAAGACCCAGAAGGAGCCCCAAGAAGAGGGCCAGAAGGAGAAGCCUCGAGGGGAGAACCAGAAGGAGGAUCCUCAGGAGGAAAGCCAGAAGCAUAAACCUCAAAAUAAGAACCAGAAGGCGAAGCCUCAAGCGAAGACCCAGAAGGAGGAGCCCCAAGAAGAGGGCCAGAAGGAGAAGCCCCAAGAGAAGAACCAGAAGGAGGAUCCUCAGGAGGAAAGCCAGAAGCAUAAACCUCAAAAUAAGAACCAGAAGGCGAAGCCUCAAGCGAAGACCCAGAAGGAGGAGCCCCAAGAAGAGGGCCAGAAGGAGAAGCCCCAAGAGAAGAACCAGAAGGAGGAUCCUCAGGAGGAAAGCCAGAAGCAUAAACCUCAAAACAAGAACCAGAAGGCGAAGCCUCAAGCGAAGACCCAGAAGGAGGGGCCCCAAGAAGAGGGCCAGAAGGAGAAGCCUCAAGAGAAGAACCAGAAGGAGGAUCCUCAGGAGGAAAGCCAGAAGCAUAAACCUCAAAACAAGAACCAGAAGGAGAAGCCUCAAGCGAAGACCCAGAAGGUGGAGUCCCAAGAAGAGGGCCAGAAGGAGAAGCCUCAAGAGGAGAACCAGAAGGAGCAUCCUCAGGAGGAAAGCCAGAAGCAUAAACCUCAAAAGAAGAACCAGAAUGCGAAGCCUCAAGCGAAGAGCCAGAAGGAGGAGCCCCAAGAAGAGGGCCAGAAGGAGAAGCCUCAAGAGAAGAACCAGAAGGAGGAGUCUCAGGAGGAGAGCCAGAAGUAUAAACCUCAAAAGAGCCAGAAGGCGAAGCCUCAAAAUAAGAAGAGCCAGAAGGAGGAGCCCCUAAAAGAGGACCAGAAGGAGAAGCCUCAAGAGGAGAACCAGAAGGAGGAUCCUCAAGGGAAGAGCAAUAAAGCGAAGCCUCAAAAGAAGACUCUAAAUGAGCCGCCAAAGUUCAUGGAGGCGAUGAUCAUUGUGCCCCCGAUAACCUUCUCGCUCAAAGAGCGCUUCGUCCAAGGGCCACGCCAGAAUGCGCGGACAGCACCUUCUUCCGAGGUGUAGCAGCAGCAGCCGCAGCAACAGGAAGAAGGAUGGAAGGGUAGUCCGCACCACCCACUCUCAAUAAUUUCGGAGCCUAAACAGAAGCCAGAGGAGAGCAGAGUGACCUAGAGAUCGGAGCAGGACUGAGUGGAGCUCUAAGCCAUUUUGUUGUCCUCUGGCUUUCAACUAAAAAUUACGAGUACACAGUGUUUACAGAUCUUUGCUUUUUCUAAAUAUAAAUUAGGCUAUCGUUCUAUCGUUAUA